AUAUCCUUAUCGAAAUUAAAUAUGACAAAAUAGCAAGACAUUGUCAACCGCUUAUAAAUGAAGAGACAUACAUGUUCAGAAAUCAACCAUCAAUUUAUGGACAGUGUCACGGAAUUCGUAAUAUAUGUAUAUAUGCAGGCUGAGUACUUUUAUCUGCUCUGCUCAACAGUUUGCAUAUAAUUGGACUUCGUUACAGUAUUCAUGGUUUAAAAGAAUAAUUUAAAAAAUAUAACUUCACUAAUAAUAUUAGUAAUAUUAGGAAUGAUUUAACAAUUAAUUAGCCUAGUUUGCAUCCUUGAUGAUGUACACUGCUAGAGGACGCUAUCACCAAUCGUCUUUGUGGAAUCAAAUUAAUCGACAAAUCUGUUGUCGCAUUGUUUAACUAUAGUCACAGCUGUUCAACACGAAUGAAUGAAAUGGGCCAUGCCAGAUGCAUUGUGAAAUUAUACAACGAAAGGAAGUUCAAAUACUCAAUAACCUUCACUGCAUAUUUGCCUUUUUCUGUAUAAUUGCACCCAAUAUUAUUUAUAAAGAUGUAUGCAAUAUUCAUAUUUAUCAUUUAAAGAUAAAAUAUUAAAAUCAAGCUGUUUAUAUGUAUGAAAUAUUUGCAAUAUGCACUCAACAGGGCCUCUUAUUCGUGACGUCAAGUUGCGGGAAAUUUGAUUUCCCGCGCUUUAUUUUGCUUUGUUUUGGUCUGAGGCUGGGAAACCCAUUGAUCCAUUGAAUCAGCCCAGCAAAAUCUCGUGCCAUCUACCACUCUAAGAUCAUUUCUGAAAUGCUUUGGGGUGCAAUCUUUAAUCUUUGGACAUUUGUCUUUUAAUUCAUGGACAUAUUUUCACUUCUUGUGUUUUAAGUUAUUAAAUAGAUUCAACUGAACUUCCUUGAGGCGAGUCGGAUUUGUGAUCUGUCGGCCAUUGACAAAGAAGUUGUUUUGGGAAACCUAUUUCGAAGAAAAUUAACACAAGUAUGAAACGUGGCAUCUUGACAACAAAUAAAGGAAUAUGUACAGCAAUCGUGAAACAAGAACCGUUUACAGACUAUCCAUCUUCGCCUCAGAUUUUGAAUUUGACCAGCAUUUAUCGGCAACCUCUUAGUGCAACAAAAGACCCGCAAGCACAUUCCCAAAAUACUAUCACUGUGCAACAAGGGGGGUUAACCCCACAUGGACCAUGCUACAGCCCAGUUGCUGAUGUUAAACAGCUUAUUGGCAGACCACAGGCAAAAAGGAAAUUGGAAUUGGAACCCACUGUUAUUAAUGAAGGUUUCAAGACACCAGCUAAAACUUGCAAACGGAGACGAACAGUUUCUGGAGCCAGUCCCAAAGUGCCUAAGCUUGGUUCUCCGUCAGAAAAGACCAGAUACGAUACAUCGCUGGGCCUCUUAACUAAAAAGUUUGUAGGACUAUUGCAGAGUGCCACAGAUGGGGUUUUGGACUUGAACAAGGCAGCAGAGUAUUUGGAAGUCCAGAAAAGAAGAAUAUAUGACAUUACAAAUGUUUUAGAGGGAAUCAACUUGAUUGCCAAGAAGUCAAAGAAUAACAUUCAAUGGAAAGGAUGCACUAAUUCAAUAGCUGCAAAUCCAGAUUGUCCCAGAUUAUCUACAGAAAUAUUGGGAUUAAACACAGAAUUAGGGGACUUGGAAGCAAAGGAGAACAAUCUGGAUCAGCUGAUUGCAACAUGUACCAAGCAACUAAAACAGAUGACAGAAGAUCCUGCAAAUGCCAAAUUAGCUCAUGUCACCUAUCAGGAUAUUCGGAGUAUAAGUUCCUUGGAUGAACAGACUGUUAUAGCAAUAAAAGCUCCUCCUGAAACCAGGCUGGAAGUCCCAGAUCCAGAAACCAAUAUUCAGAUUUGGCUGAAGAGCACUAAAGGUCCGAUUGAGGUCUACCUGUGCCCCGAGGACACUGAGGGAAAUGGAGACACAAGCUCCUCCAGCUUGGGAAGCUUAAACAGCGAGGAAAGUCAGGAGAGUCUGUAUGUUUCUGAUGACUCGCUCUCCUGUGACAGUUUUAGAUCUGGAAAGAAAAUCAAACAAGAACCAGAUAUAGGCAUCAAAACAGAACCUGAGUCCCAGUCUAGUAAUUCCAGCAGUAGAAGUUCAUCUGUGGUCAAAAAUGCCCUGCUGGAGGAUCAGGACAUAUCCCCUGAUGUCGAUAAGAACAUCCUCCCUCAGACUGAAGACCAGGAGCUUGACUCCCCCUUCAUACACCUAGAUGCCCCCCUUAGUAUGGACGAUUAUAUAUUUAGCCUGGAUGAUGGGGAGGGCAUAUCAGAUUUAUUUGAUGCCUAUGAUUUUGAUAUAUCUGUGGUGUGAGGGGAUGUUGAUGGUUUCAUGAAGACAGAAGUGAGCUUUUAUUAAAGGUCACAUAGUAUCAAGGGAGGAAGACCGUUUACCAGACUACUGCUAUGCAUUGCAAGCUUGCAUCAUGUUGACUGAGUUUAAAGCUUUAUAUUUCAAGCUGUUCUUCAAAGAGGAAAAGAAAAAAAAUAGUUCAGUACUGUAUGUAAAAGCAUACUGUACAUUAAUUUAUUAGUAGAGACAAGAAAAUGCAAGUAUACACCUACAAUGUUUUUAAUACAGGUGUUUAAUAGUGUAACUUGAGUCUUGAUUUUUUUGUUAGGUAUUUAUUAUCAAAUUGAUUAAAGCAAACUUAUUUAUUAGCUGUAUGGUAGAUGUUUUUGAUGUAGUGUGAGUGAAUUAAUUGAUUUUAUUGAUUAGACCCAAAAAUGUGCAUUCAGUUGAUUGUCAGAAUCUGUUAAUAACUAGCACAUGCUAACUAUAACUAGUCUUUCAUCUUUCGGAUGCAACUAAAGGUGAACAUUUGAUUCAAUACUACAGCACAUCAUCGAAAACUAUCCAAGAAUGAAAAAUGUGUAUUUAAUUUAAAUUAUGUCAUACUUGCAUCAUCCCAGAUUCAGUUUCAAAAAGCUUAAUUUCAUGUGCAGGAUAGUUUUACGAUAGUUCCUCCCUCCCCCCUUUCCUUCUUGCAUGAUUGAAGAUUAUCAGGGUCACCGCAUGUGUUCUUACAUGUAUAUCAAGAUAUUUUUAUACUACUGUAUCUUUUACAUGUGAUAUUUUUCAAAACAACAGUUAUUUUAUUUUGCGAGUGUAUUCACUGCCAAAUUUCAUCUAUCUUGUUUAUAGCACUCUAAACUGAAUACAUGUGUUGAUAAGUGUGAAAACAGAUAUGUGUAUACUAUUCUUUAGUUUCAGUAAAUACCACUAAUUCAUGAAAUUCCAAUGAGAGGAAGUACAGAGUAAAUUUUAGUGUGGUUUUUAUAUACAUAUUUGCUAUGAACAUGUUCUAUUGCUUAUUUUUUUCUUUAUAAAGUAUGUCCGAAGGUCAGAUAUUGUACAAAUGGUGCACUGAUAGUGUGUUUGAUAGCAAGAAUGAAUAUUCUGGGAUUCCCCCCCCCCCCCCCCCCCCCCCCCCUGAAAUUACCAAUUGUGUUCAUUAACCACCAUAUAUUGUGUAUUCAAACUAAACACCACAUGUGUUCAUUAAAUUACCACUGGUCUUAAACAACAUGCACAGUACUUGUAAUCAAACAAAGCACCACAUGUGUUCAUUAAAUUACCACUGGUCUUGAACAACAUGCACAGUACUUGUAAUCAAACAAAGCACUGCAUGUGUUCAUUAAAUUACCACUGGUCUUAAACAACAUGCACUGUACUUGUAAUCAAACAAAGCACUACAUGUGUUCAUUAAAUUCCCACUGGUCUAAAAUGAUAUGCACUUUAUUUGCAGGAAGAAAUGAAUAUAUUUUUGCAGUCUUUUUAUAUUUAAACAUGGGUUUGAGAGUUGCAAAGUAGUACUAUAUUUUAUGAGUUGGCAAAUGUGUGCUUAUUUAUAAGGGUAUGGUAAGAACAUUCGUUGCAUACAGGAGAUUGGUAGCCAUUUUAAAAAAGCUACUGAACAAAUAAUUGGUUUUGAUAUAGAGUAUAUGUUUACAUCAUGAAGACUUUAGUGCUAGCAUGUACAUAAAUUUCCUACUUGUCUAAUCUGGCAAGUUUAUAUACACAGUGUGAAUGCUUUGAUGUCAUGUUCUAAGUAUUGUACCAAUGCAUAUGGCUUUAAGUAAAGGAUAUAUAUAUUUUUUUAAUAUAUGAGUGUAUUUAAUAAGUUAUUGUCUGUCACUUUUUAGAUUUCUGUUGUGUAUUGCAUGUGCAAAAGGUUACCUCUUAAUUUAAUCGUUUGCUUGAUAAGUGUUACAGUAAUUUUUAACAGCAUGUCAUUUUUUUAAAAUCAAAAAAUGGAAAAGAUUUAUUUUACAGUAGUUUUCGAUAGACAAUGUUUUGGUGAAAAUUGAUUCCCUUUGGCCACCAUGCUGGUGGUUGACUUGCACAAACUACUUCAUAUGGCAUAGCCAAUUUCAACUCUUUAUACUGACCAUUGAGGGGUAUAAAGCAAUUAAAAUUUCCACUAAUUCACAAUUUUCAUAGUCAUGAUUUUAUGCCAAAUAUUCUUGUUUCACAAGUUAAAAUUUGAUUUAUUCAAAGAAAAAACCUCUGGACCGCCAACAUGGAUGCAAAGGGAAAUAACUUUUGGUAAAGGGAUGUCCUGAAAACUAGUGUAUACUAACUGCAAUUAUUCAGAUUUUAAAAAAACCCAACUACCAAAAAAUGAAGAAACCCAGAUGAAAUGUCUUAUCAAAAAUGUCAUUAAAUCUUAUCAACUUGAAUGGAAAGUGAACAUCAAAUCGUUUCGUUAUGGCAACAACGGCCAAAUGUUGCUAUCAGAUUUAUGGGCACCAGAUUUCAGUAGAUGUAUAUUACUAGUCAUGUAGGCUUUUUGAUUCAUGUGCAAUUGAAAUUAUAAAGAAAUGAUUAUAUAAGAAAUGUUAUGGAAAAAUUUAUAAUUUAUAGAGAUUGAUUUAUUUCUUUCUUUAUAGCAGUAUUCUCUGUUCUUAUUGAUUAAUGUUGUCUUGUAGUUGCUUCUUCUUUUUUUCUUCUUCAAGAAAUUCAUAAUGUAAAAAAGUUGAGGAAAUGUAAUACAUGUAUAUUUUUAUAUUAAUGUAUUGAAGUGUGUGUGGCUUCAUCCUUAUUUAAAACAAUUACGUAAACCCAAUCGUAUCAAAGUAUAUCAGCAUUGCACAUAUUGAGAAUCAAAUCAUAGUAUGUGUAUACAACCCAUUGUUUUAUGUAAAAGUGAUUGAAUUAAAUGACUUUAAAAAGCUUUGAAUAAGGGUUGCCAAUAGGGACAUUUUAAAAAGUUUUUGCAUAUGGAUGAUGGUACAUACUGUAGAAAGAAAUGGGCUUGAUCAUCAACCUUGUCUUUAUAAAUGGCAUUCAUUUACUAGUGUAGAUAACAUUAUUCAUUCAUUUAAAGAUGCAAAUGUGCAGGGACCAACGUGCCUAUUUGGUAUUUUUUCUCUUGUUACCUGAUUUACUGUUGAAGUUAUUUGUUGAAUUUCUUAUCAUGUUAGUACCAUUUUCGUUUCUUUUCUCACUGCAGUAGAGUGCCUGUUAUUUGUAUGCAUUUGGUCACAUAUUUCCAUUAGAAAUUACACCCAGAAAGGUUAAGCAAGCUGUCCAUUAGUUUUACCGAAUCCAAAAAAUACCUUCAGGUAUUUCGUUUUGUGCAUGUUAGUAAUAUUAGUUUAGCAUGCGUGUUGUAGUUUAAGAUUAAUAAUUGUAAUCAAGUGAACGUAUGGAAUUUCAAUAUUACUAAAGGUAAAUGAUAUGUACUUGCUGUCUUAAUAUGCUAAGAACAUUAAUUCGAUUGUUAAAGAAUGGAUUUGAAUUCACAUUUAAAUGAACUUGAUAGCUCGUGAAAAAUGUAAUGUCCUCAUCUAUAUGUAUACUUGAAUUGUUAUCUAUUUACAUAAAUCAGAUUUAACAAUCACUGACUUGAGGGGAGGGUGCUGCGUUGGCUGUGUUUUUGAUGUGUGGUUUUUCUUAUUGACGGGUUAUACAUUAUACUUCUGUACAAACAGAACUGUUGUGAUGUGAAGUGCAUUAAUAAACUUGAAAAUCUACGAUAGAAA